AUGGAACCAGGUAUUGGUGAAAUUUUCGGUAACCCGGGUAAUAUUGGUGUACUAAAUGAUACGUCAGAAGCAAGUUUACGGUCGGAAUCUGGUUCAACAAUAGGCCAAGCGUCAGCAACAACAUCGGAAAAUAGUCAUGUCAGUGAGACAGUCGAAAUCGAAAAGAGUAACCAAGAAUUGAGUGAAGAUGAAUGUGUACGGAUUGGAUCGAUUGAUGGAGAGCAAGGAUCGGUUGGCUUAAACGAGUACAAGGUAGAUGAUGAUAAGAAGACCGCAUGCAGCGCGGCGAAACUCGCGGUUCGAGUGGAGCUGGAAAAGCGCAAGCGUGCACAGGUGUCAUCGACAGGCAGUAACACGGGCAUUGUGGAAGUCAAGAAGCGACGUGAAGGGUUACGGCAGAAAUUUUUGUGUCGAUUGCCAUCGCGUUUUAACGACUUCGUCGUUCAAUUAACAACAUGUGAUCCUGAUGACGGGGUUUGA